AUGGCCUUCCGUGGACGCGGCGGUGGCGGCGGCGGCGGCCCAACUCUGCCAUUCGACAUCGAUACCGCGCUGCAGGACGAGGUCGCAGCAUACAGCAAUAACAAUGAUAACGACGACUUUACCAAAAUGCUGUAUCCAGACAUCAAAGUACGUUGAUUUGCGGAGGCUGUCGCCGCUGACAUGUGAAAGCGCGCUAAGAAAUAACUUUUCUGCUGAAGGGAGGAGUGCGCCUGGCGCCGUUAGUCACUGAACAGGAGAGGGAGCUCAUCAACAUCUAUCGCGAGCACAACGCCGCCAUGCGGAACGGCCCUCUGUUCGUCGACGAACCCAAGACUGGCAAGCGCGACGCGGCGGAGUACAACGCGUUUGAGGAAGUUCAGAGCUACGGGAACAAGAAGGUCAAGCGUGGCGAUGGUCUGCCGAAUCUGAAGAAAGUCCCCAUUGGUAGGUUUCUUCGACUUGAAUGGCGCAGGCUGGCGCACAGCGGCUAAGACACACUCCAGUCAAGGACGCGCUGCCCAGGGAACUUUGGGAUCUCGUGAGCGAUGGCGAAGAAGACGAAGAAGGGGGCAAGUCGACCAAGAAGAACCUGGAUUUCCUGCGGAAGAAGCGGCUCGAUAAGCUGGCGCAGUUCGACGAUGGCGCGGAUGUGGAGCGCACGGCCGAUAACGACGACGACGAGGGCGAAGAGCAGGCCGACGAGGAAGAUCAGGUGGAACUUCCGGAGGAUGAUGAUUUCUCGGAAGAUGACGAUGAUCUCGGCAAUGACUAUAAUGCCGAGAAGUACUUUGACGAUGGCGAUGGUGGUGAUGACGACGGCGACGAUGCAGGCGGUGAUGAUGCGUGGUAG